AUGCCAGACUCAACCCUCUACCUCUACACUUCCCUGACCGCGGGGUCGUCGCACAUUGUUACCGCGACCUCCAGAAUUGAAACAAUCCUUAAAGCCAACAAACUCCCCUUCCGUGCGAUCGAUGUUGCCACCGAUGAGGCCGCCCGGAAACUCUGGGGUCGACGCUCCAAGGGCAAGAAGCUUCCCGGGUUGGUGAAAUACGGUGAUAUUGUAGGAGAUCUCGAACAGGUCGAAGAAUGGAACGAGUUCGGCGAACUACGUAUGGUAGUAAACAGCGUUCAGGACCUAGAUGGAAUGCCUGCCACUAGCAAUCCUGUACCAGCGACCGAGACCAAACCCGAGCCCACACCUGCCACCCCCAAGCCCUCCACAAUCAAGAUCCAGGAUCCCCCCGUUACCAAACCCGAAGACAAGAAGGACGAUAUGGCCGUGCUGGCCCUGCGCCAGGCUAGCUCCGAGGCUGCCUCCAAGGCGAAGGCCAAGUCAGACGAUAAGAAAGAGCCGAAACAACAGACUACGGAAGUACCUGUCGCCAACCGCACGCACCGCGGCUCAGUGGCCCCCGAAUUACCCGACCCCGAAUCGGAUUCACCAAAGUCAGCCAAACGUCCGGCUCUAGUUCCCGAACAGGCGGCUGUGUCCUCGGCGAACUUCCAUGUGGAUAACGCAGAGAUGCUCGGGUUGGUUGGACACCACCGCGGAUCCAGGGUAUCGACUCUCGAGGACGCUGAUCAAGACAAGACGGUGCAUGAGAUCCGACAGUCCAUUUCUGCGGAGCCUACAGGCAAUCUCGAUGCUCUGCGCAAAGAGGCCGCGGAGAAGACUAAGUCCGAGUCGAUUGAGGAGGUGCCUAGUCCGGCUAUUGACGAUGUGGCCAUCGAGAAUAAGGAAGAGCUCAUGGAGCCCAAUGAGCCCAAGGGGAAUGCGAUCGCUGAAAUGAUUGCGACAGCUGUGGCGCCUCAAGAAAUCAAGGUCGAGCCUAAGAAGGCCAGUGCGAAUGAUGAUACCAAGGCAGCGCCGGUCAAGUCGGCGAAGUAG